UUUAAAUUUACCUGGUUUUAUAGCAUUGGCGCCGAUGGGUGCUGAGGCGAGGCAUGGGCACAACUUGGUGCUGCUGGGGAGUGUGCAUCGUUGGAUGCUGAGGCGUGGGCAGGAGAGGCGGCAAGUGCUAAGGCAAGAGUGCGCAAGUGGGCGGGAGGAAGACGAAGGGGUAGGCGCCAAAGCCGCCAAGGUAUUGGUGCACAGACGAGUGAGGUGGUAG